GGUGAAAACUCGCCUUAGAUUGGAGGAUAGGUGGGGGAAAAAUGUUUCACAGUUUUGAGUCAACCCGGGCAAGAGAACUGGCGGGAGUAAGUGUCGGUCGGUGAAUUUUAGCAGGUGGUCGUUAUCUAAUUUCCGUACAUAAAAGGCUAUCGCCAACCCCACCACCGGCGAGAUCGUCGUCACUCGGUCCUUCAUCACGUCACACCAAUUCCCUCUAGGAAUACAUUCGACGAAGAUCGUUUAAAUUCUGACGUCAAUUCGGAAGGGUGUAUCACUCGUCCGUACUCAAUUCCCAACUGACAAAUAUUCGGGGGUUGUUUGUGUUUAUGCGCACUCGAUGAUUCCUGCGAAGUGAUGUCGACCUGUGUCAUUGACAAUCCGAGGUGAUACGCGGUCGGCGUGUUUACUUAGCUGGCUGGGCUGAAAUUGACGGGUGACAGGUCGACGCUCGGGAGUAGCACCGCGCCAGGAUGUGUGACCCGGUCGACGCGUACGUCGAGAGGAUGAGUAACCUUCGUGUCGGAGAGGAUCCGAGUGCCGGAGGCACGGGCGGGCGUGUCUCGGGUUCACGGCCCGAGGGUCAGGUCCCCGUUAACAGGACACCUCUCCAGCGUCCCGUCGGGGCUAUCGAGAGCUUCAUCGAAGGCGGAGGUCUAUCCGAGACUAGGCAGCCACCACCUGACUACAAGAUGUAUGAACGUGAGAAUAUCAUCGCCGCGUCGCGAUUCGCAACGCCGAAAUCCGUCGAGUCAAUCGGAACUCAUCACCAGCAGCAAAUGGCUAGAGGUCAGCAAGCCCCCGUCUACGAGAACGUUGAUUGUUAUCCUCAGAACACGAUUCCUUCUCAUCUGCCAUAUUAUCACCCGGUGGAGUCUAGGAACAGCCCGAGGAGCAGCCCUAGGGGAUCUGUUGCAGGCGAUGCUUAUGAAGCGACAACGUUUCGCAAGGCGCAGCCUCAGGUACCCCCUGGAUCACGGUACCAGUCGGCAUCCUCACCAGCUAAGGAGUUGCCCCCGUAUGAGGCGCCGCCUGUGUAUGAAAAUAUCCAAGAGGUGCAUCAGGUUCAGAACAGCUUUUCUGAAUCUUCGGCUCACCAUCUUCAUCAGCAAAGGCAGCAACAGCAACAGCACAAUAAGCCUUGUCCUCAGGUCCUGAACUUCUAUCAUCCGGCAAACAUGGAGGGAGGUGAUUAUGUUGUCAUGACAGGAAAGAUGGCUAGCCAACCUCACCAAAGACCUUUGGGAAGUCAGAGUCGUAGCCUAAGUUAUGAUGGGGUUAGUCAUCAACGAGGAUCUAUUCCAGAUCCCUCUUCUGUUCGUUAUAUUUCAUCAAUGGACUCGCAAGGUUCAAAAAAUGCCUAUGUUCCUCCGUCUGAACUCCAUCUCCAGGGAAACAGGACUUAUGCUUAUUCUCCAGAGCAGCAAUCACCAAGGGCUAACCAACACCUAGUUGGAAGAGACCAGGGAGAAUCGCCACCUGUUCGUCUGUUGUCUGAACCACAUCACUCUCCUUAUCGAGAACAAAAUGAUAUGAUACCGCAAAGCUAUCGACAGCCUCAAAACAUUGUUGAUCAAGCUCUCCCAAACUAUCGAGCAAGUCCGAAUCAGACGAAUCCUCGAUCUGCUACAUCUUUAAGUCAAUCAAAUUUCUCAGGUGUUGAUCAGCGAUCGGAUCUUCAAGCAAGGAACUCGUCACCUGUUUAUCCAUCUAUGACAAGUCGGCACCCUACAGAUCGAUCUCAAAUUGAACGUGCCGAUCUUCUCGUUAGAAAUAGCUCUCCAUCUUAUUCGUCAAGCCGCAUAAACAGAUCUGAUAAUCAGCUAAGAGUUGGUGGACAAACCAGUGAUAUGCGAAGCUCGCCUAAAGCCAGUCCUACACACCUUCAAAUCUCCCCUAUGGAACCAGCUUCCCAAAUGAUUUCCAAUGCUCUUGGAAAUGCUAGGUUCGCUUUGCCUCCUGAGUCUAUACCAUCAUCACCAGUUCGAGGGCAAGUUCAACCUGCUGUAACAAGCGCGUCCCAGUCUAUCAAGGAUGAUAUAGCAAUUCACAGACCGAGAAUUACAAGCCUGCCACCUGGAGUGACCAGCGGUGUAGCAGGGCCUGUUUAUUUGAGUGGAGGAGUUCCACAACUGCAAAAAGCUGCAGAUAUCAGACCAGACAUACCAAAGUCAGUCACACCACCCAUCAAACCAGCUCCUGGAAAAGGGUUACUGCCGUAUAAUGUUACACCCCCUAGACCUUUGGGUCCAACAGAAGCAGAAAGGAAAAUAGAAGAACUUACAAGACAAUUGGAGGAGGAAAUGGAGAAACAAGAAGAAGAGGGGGAGUACUUUGGAAUUUGUCACACAUGUGGGGAGAAAGUGACAGGAGCUGGUCAGGCAUGCCAAGCUAUGGGUAAUCUUUAUCACACCAAUUGCUUUAUUUGCUGUUCCUGUGGUAGAGCGCUUCGAGGCAAAGCAUUCUACAAUGUUCAUGGGCGUGUUUACUGUGAAGAGGACUAUCUCUAUUCUGGUUUCCAGCAAACUGCAGAGAAAUGUGCAAUCUGUGGCCAUCUAAUCAUGGAGAUGAUCCUACAGGCCAUGGGAAAGUCUUAUCAUCCUGGGUGCUUCAGGUGCUGUGUCUGCAACGAAUGUCUCGAUGGAGUACCUUUCACUGUCGAUGUCGACAAUAAAAUUUAUUGUGUCAAUGAUUAUCACAGAAUGUUUGCUCCAAAAUGCGCUUCUUGUGGCAAAGGAAUAACACCUGUUGAGGGUACUGAGGAAACAGUACGUGUCGUUUCAAUGGAUAAAGAUUUCCAUGUUGAUUGUUAUGUGUGCGAAGAUUGUGGAAUGCAAUUAACGGAUGAGCCUGAUAAAAGGUGUUAUCCGCUAGAAGGAAGGCUCAUGUGCCGAGCAUGUCAUAUACAACGGCUCUCACACACCCAGCCUAGACCACCCCAGCCAGUUUCUGCCAGCUAUCAAUUUAUGGGAUAAAUUCUUCCACUUGUGGGAAAUAUAGCACACAGAACAUUUUGAUUCAGAACUUGAAUUUUAAUCUUCAGCGGGAUGAAACAUUCACUAUUAAUCUAACUGCAUUACUAGUUACACUAGCCAAACCGAGUGACAUACAUAUAUACAUAUAUAUAUGGAUAUAAAAAUAUAUAUUAUAACGUAAUAUUUAAUUAUUUAUGCAUCCGAGAGCUGGUCAGUGAUUUUACGAUGUGCCAAAGUUGUUUAUGCGAUGCGAUAGAUCGUUGAUAUUCUGGCUUUAUAAUACUCCGAUUUUCACACGUAUAAUAUUUCAUAGACUCAAAUUGUUGUCGCGUGGCUCUCGGGUAAUGAACAUACAUGCAUACAUACAUAGUAUAUUUAUUGCCUAAGAUACUCUUGGCGUAAUGAGUGUGGCUUAGUAACAACAAGAACAUACCGAGUUGCAUAAGCAACUGUGAUAUAAUAGAAUAUCGAUGCAUAAUAAAUGAAUGCAUAGUAAAUAAUUUUUUGUUGCUAGUUACUUUGUGAAAGACGAAUUAUGUCGCUUGUAAAUAUUGUUUAUUAUUACUUAGCAAAAUUUCUUUUAAUUAUGGUGCGGCCAAUUACUUCACUACAGUACGCCCAAAAUAAUUUAUCCGUACAUUUAUGCUUUGAUACACUUAUCGUCCACUGAUUAAUAUUUUUACCAUGCAAUGACACACCUUGUUAAUAGCAUCAUGCAAGUUGCAAACAAAACCUAGAGUAUCGAACGCAAUAUACAUGUGGUGUAAUAACAGAUGAUC